UGCGCUGUCAAACUUGUACCCCACGCAUGGACACAAAAACCACCCAAAAGCUUUGAACUCGCGUACUGUUUUGAAGAAUUAGUUUGCGUAAUAUUUCCGACUUGUUCGAGGCGAAAUAUGAGUUUAAUUUUGCGUAAAACAAUAUUGGACACCGCCCGUGUAGUGCUAGCUCGUCAAGCAUCCACUAAACCAGUUGAAUUGGGCGCCAAAGAAAAAUGGGACAUUUACGCGGGGGUCCUUGUGGAACGUCUGCCGGUUAUAACGAAAACUAUGACUCCACUGGAAGUUAACUUUAAGGCGGUCUUGGACAAGACUGAGUUUGAGAAAAGCCUGAAAUCCAACCACGAACUACGGAAGGAAAUGGAAAAGAAACAAACGGAGCUGCUCAAAGCGGGCAAAAUUGAUCUGGACUCGGAAGCACUAAAACAAACCGCUCAAGAUCUAGAAGAUGCGUAUAACGAUGAGUUUAGCAAGUUCAAACCGUCGCCGAGGGUUACCGAAGCAGAUCGAAAGAAUGACGUAAAAUCGCUGCAACGAAAACUGGAAGAGACUCUGAUCCUUCUAACGGAACAAAAGUUAGGCGAAAAAAGCUACUAUUUACUGCCUCAAGGUCGUCACGUAGCAGGGGAAUCAUUACGACAGACUGCCGAACGGGUACUGAGGGAAAGCACGGGCGACUCACUAAAGGUGACAUUCUACGGUCACGCCCCAGUUGGUUUCUACAAAUACAAAUACCCGGCAGGCGUGCGGCAGGGAACAGUCGGAGCAAAGGUCUUUUUCUUUCGCAGUGUACUGAAACCGGAUAGUGCAAAUAUUUCGGACGGGAAAGCGAAAUUCCAGUGGUUGGAUCAACCUGAGUUGGAGAAAGUGUUAAAGGAACCGUAUUUUAACAGUGUGUCUCAGUUUCUGCUAUGAACGUUUCUAGAAUAAUAAAGUAAUCCCAAUGUAGGUUCUUCCGUUGAAUCUAGAUUUAACCAAAAAUUGUUUGUGGUGUUGAUUAUGUGCACGAGGAAAAGUUUAAUUGAUCAACAAAGAUUAGUAGUUUUGUCAUAGAAAGUAACAAGAUCAUCUAUACUUGAGUUUACAAAAAAUUUAUUCGCUCGAAUAAUCGCACAUAGGCAUUGCUUUAGGCAAAAAUGGUUCUACCUUCUGCUGCAUCACCUGCCCCUCCGGCCACACUCGAACCGUUCCGCCGCUUAACUACGUACACUUUCUUGUUCGAAAGGCAUAUCGUAUAGCUGUGUUCCUCGUAGGCAAUUGAUAUCUUUUUGCACGAUCGUUUCUUGAAUACGGCCGGAUCAACACUGUAAAGAUAAAGCAUAUUCAAUAUAUUAAUAAAUUCUAUCUAAUUGA